AUGAAGACCCUUCUUCUGCUAGUUUUGGUUGGCUGUGUGCUAACUGUGGCACUAGCCUUUCCAUCCGGGGAACUUCUUCGCACAAAAAUUCAAGACAGUGAAGAGCUCGAUAAAGCAGAAAGGUUAGUCACGUGUACAAAGAGUUAAUGUGGUUUUAUGGCAUAUUAUUUUUGGGAGGGCUUAUACUGAAACACGCGGUGGAACUUCUAUCAUUUAAUCUGCUGCGUAUGUUAAAUGAUCAGGUUUUUCUCCCAUAAUUAAAGCUUAACUACGUAGGUUGAGACUUUGAAACGUAAUUUGUCUCACUGGAACUAAAAAAUUGGCGCUUCUUAAAUAUAACACUAUGACCCAACAUUAAAAUUAACACCAUUUAAAAAUACUUAUUUUUCUUCAGUGAACUCCUCUUCGGCACAAAAAAUGUAGCGGGUAAAAUUGACGAGGAUGACACGGAUGCAGAAGAAAGUGACAGUGAUGAUAAAUAUGGUGAUUCUGAAUUGGACAGGUAUGCUUUAAUUUGUACGAUUGAAUUAGAUGAAAUUAUAUUUCUAUUAAAAACACUGUUUACUCCAAAGUUCAUUUUCUCCCUAACUCAUAAAUUCAUUAAAAGGGCUUAAAAGUAUUAAAUGAAUAACAGAACAGAAUAACAUUUGUAGCAGUAAUAGUGAAAUUGCACUUGUGAAUUAAGGUAUACAUGUUAUUCCUGUUCUACGCGAAAGAAACGCUAAAUUGAAUGGUAAUUUUGGGAUUAUUGUUCGUAACUCGAAUUGUCCAUUUUUUGCUUGUUUGUUUGUUUGGUGAUCACCUUACAGUACCCUUGAUCUCGAUAAACAUUGCUCAUCCUGUGUAGGACAAUUUUCACAUAUAAACGUAGUAUACACGUUUGGCUUUGAGUCUCUGUAUCGCAAUAGAUAGAGCAACCACCAAGUGUUACUUAAGGAGGUCAUAGACUUCAAAUUCCCGUCAGGGACUCAAGAUUUUUUCUUUGUCCCACGCUCGUCAAUCGAUUUUCGCAUAGGCCGACUUAAGUGAAAACAUAGCAGUAAAAAAAAUGUGUGCUAAUAUUGAAACAAUCAUUCGUGAUCUACCACUCACUGAGUCAGCGUGAAUUUUGUGUCUUUCAACGUAGGCUUGGAACCCUGUAGGGGACUCGAUAAUAGACAUGUCACGGUUUUCGACGCCAUCUUGACGAGUAGGCAAACGCGAGAGAAAUUACAGUGUUUGUAUGAGAACCUAAUGUCGAAUAAUUUCCGUAGAAUGACGGUUCUGAAAAAAAUAUGAAUUGUAAACUAAAGCUUCACUCCUAAGGAAUCUACUGAAAAAAAUUGAGGGCGUUAGAUGCGCUAGAAGACCUAGAACCACUUUUAAAAUUUUCUAUACAUUUGUCUGUAAGAAAGUCCCGGGAAAAAUUAGAGACAAACAUAUGGAAAAUCUAAAGCAAGCCUCUGGAGAAAUUUAAGCACAAGUUCGCCCAAAAAAUUUUUAAGUACAAUCCUUUGUUUUGUAGCUUUAGUUUACAAGUCAUAUUUUUUUUAGAACAGCCGUUUUACGGAAAUCAUUCGACAUUAGAUUCCCAUACAAACACUGUAAUUUCUCACACGUUUGCCUACUCGUCAAGAUGGCGUCGAAAACCGUGACAAGGUCUAUUUUGUUUUCUUUGUGACGCGCUCGGUAACUCGCAUAGAGUGACUUAACUGAAAACAUCACAGUAAAAAAGGGACAAAAUUAUACAGUGAAUAGCAAAUUGCCUACGGUAUUUUUUGGUCUGUUAUAAGGUGGCGUAAAAUAUUUGCUAAAUAUAAUGUUUCAAACUUCUUGUUACUGAGCCUCUGAAAAGAAGACAAGAAUAAUGUUUUUGUUUUAGUAAAUCAGAAAAUCGUUUGGAAGACGACGGCAGCGAAGAAGACGAGCAAAGCGAUUUGUGUGAUGACGACAACGAUGAUUAUGAUGAUGAUGAAAAGGAAAGGUAAAACAUUCAUUCCCGUAAGGGUGACUAAUCUCAAUUUUCUCCGAACAAUAUCAAUACAUGUACAUAAUCACGAGAAAAAGUCAGUAAUGAGAAUAUAUCGUCAGAUGAUCACCAAAGGGAUAAUGCUUUGAUCUCCGAUAUCUUUCAACACAUUCUCUCAACUAUGCCCUGUAAGAAAAUGUAUAUAGAGACCAGUGUUGAGCAUUUUUUUUUUCAGAUAUUGGGGCUUAAAGGUUUAAAAGAGAAAUUGUACAAAUCAUACAUCUCUGCCUUUUUAUGAAAGUCUCCGUUUUAUAAGUGGAUAAAUUCCUUACAAAUUCCCUACAAUAAAAUUAGCUAAAUAAAGCGGACGCAAUUGACAAGAUAACUCUGGUAAAAAAAAUAAAUAUAGUGACGCUGAAAUGGACAAGUAACCUUUUAACGAUUAAAUUAACUAAAAUUAUUUUAAGAAAAAAAAAAUCAAAUCCAAUGUUGCACAUUGCUCCUAACUUGUGAAUGCAUUCAUGGUGCGUGAGCCAUAUUCGCAUUUUUUAACCAAGUGAAAUUGCAUUUUUGGGUAUACGGUCGGCCUUUUUCCAAUCCUAUUAGUAAAAGAAAAAGCAACAUUUGGGUUUUUUCACGUUUCGGGGGAUACAUUACUCCGUGUUUUUAAAUUUAAAUUAACCAUCCUUCUUUAUCACGUGAUAGGGUACUUUCUCGGCAUUGCUGAUCCUUGCGGUAUUUAGGACACUUGCCAUGAACCUAGUUAUUAAUAUAUUUUGCCUUGCUUUCAAUCAUUCUCUUUGUAUCACGGAUAGAUCAACCCGUUCGGAGUUCGGGCGAUCAUAGGUUCCACUUUUGUCGCGGAGUUACUGAAGACUGUUCUUUGUUCUCCCCUCUUUACAUGUUAAAUAUCACUUCAAACGACUUCAGCAAAAGGUGCUUUUCACUCUAGCAUCAGUGGUUAGAGCGUCCGAACUAGAACUCUGGGGGUCGUGAGUUCGAGUUCUCAGCUAGAGCUCGGAAAUUUUUUUUCUGAGCUUUCUGGUGUUUGAAUUCUCCUUCUUCUUUAAUAGAAAUAGGUCAGAGCUAAUGAAACAGGUAGAAACAGGGACUAUAUAACAAUUAUUCACCGAAGUGGAGGUGGCUAGUACUGGUGGCUGGUACUGGACCGACACUGAGGUGAAUAAUUGUUUAAGUAUAUACUGAAACAGUGAGAUAAUUGAGCACAAAAACGAUGAUUUUUAACUCAUUUACUGUUGCCAACGAAAAUAAUUUUGGCGCGCGAUGACCGAACGGCCGCCGUCGUCGCUGUUUCUUCCUGGCGACAAAUAAAACUUUUGAAGGCGUUUGUUUAGCUCGUGCGGGGAAGUUUCUUUAAAAGGAGUUGUGAAUUCUUUUUGUAUUUAAAAUCAUUCCGUAAAAAAGAUUAAUUACUAAAUUUAGUUUUAAGCUUAUUUAUGAACAAGUCAACUAAAUAAAGUAACGCAAGACUUAAGCUUAAUUUGCAUUUGUAAACAAAAACCUUUUUCGCCGGUUUUAUCGACAAAUUCAAGUCAAAAAGACAAAGUUUUACAGGUUAAAACUUCCAAACCGAACUUCGUCAUAUUCUUCUUGUAUUUUGGGAAUAGCUUGCUUGAUUAGUUGUGAAAUUUCUUAGUUUGUUACGGAUGCAAACUAGGAAUUCAUUUUGCUCGCAACUUACGUGAGUUUGGCGUCGCUCGCUCGGAGGAACUGGAGGUGAAUCAGUGAAUAGUGCAGGAUUGUCUCUGAUUGAGUAGCCAAUCAGAGCGCGCGAAAAACACUGUCCACUGUUUUAGUAUAUACUAAAAGGAGUUGUCAAUAGUAAAUUUUUGGCCUUUAAACGGAAAAUGUUUGCUGAACGUUUUAUACUUGUUCUUGAUUCAGUGAAUCAGAAAAUGAUUUAAACGAUGAUGACAGCGAAGAAGACGACCAAGAAACUUUUUUUGAUGAUGGUGACGUUGUUAACGAUGAUUUCGAAGAGGGAAGGUAAGACAAUUUACUCCUGAAUGUUUUGUCUUACUUCUGUAUUGAAGAGAAAAAUAGAAGAAUGCAUAUCCGUCGGUGUUUGUUAUCAGAAAAUUACGUUCAGUGUAUCAAUGAGGUCUUCGUUCUCUAACAGUCUUAAUUCCACACAAACCAGCUAAACUGCAACAUUGUAGGGUGUUCUAUCUUUUUACCUCGAUUACUACCCUCAAAACUCGAAUUUGUAACCAUUUGAGUAGGUUAUAUUUUAUUUUUAACACUCAAAGCAAAUUCGUUACAGUGAAUCUAAUCUUGGUCCAAAAGAAGAAGAUGAAUCUGAUGAGGAUGAAGAGAAGGGCAAUGAAGACCCAAGAAAUCUACAGCACUUUUACGAAGAGGGUGACACUUUAUCUUCAAAUCGAGACCCGAUAAAAAUUCGCUUUCGACGCAUUGGCAGAGGCAUUGGUCGUGUCAUUCGAAGAGGAAAACGUAUUGUGCGCCGAGUGGGCCGCAUUAUUCGAGGUGGAAAGCGUAUUGUCGAUCGCGCAAGACGUUUCGGAAGACGCGUCAUUCGUGGUGGCAAACGCAUCAUUCGUGGU